AUGGGCACAGUGAGCACUCCUAUUUUCAACAAAUCGUCUCGCGACGUGGAAUUUAAGGGGUUCCCUUUCUCCGACAGUGAUGACCACAAUCUCGGUUUGAAGCGGGCGGAGGGAGGAGCACGCGUGGUAACUUUAGUCCUUUAUAAAUCUCCUACAAGCGACAACUGCUGUCCGCUUGACACGCGUAAAAAAGACGAGCCGUUCCCCAACUAAAUGGGUUGAGGGAGACGCGUUAAAGCACUAUGCAGUCGCACUUAAGGCAAAUUCCGAGCUGUUUUUUAAAAGCUACUUUUAAAGGGAGACUUUCUCAUCGUAAAAUCACAACUGUGUAUGAAUCUGAUUUGAUCUCGCCUUAACGCGGACGCCAAACUUGGAAGGAAAAAAAAAUCACACAUUAAGUCAGGACCGAGUUUGAGUUCGGAUGUUUAUUGAACAACUUUGUGAUAUGUCUGAAGAAUAAAAAAUAAAAAAAGCAAUGAAUCGCACAACAAAGCACUGAAGUUUGACAGACCUGGGCUGGUGUUGGGGUGAGGUGCGGUUGGAGCGCUGCGGUGGAAGUGUGCUCAGUUCCACGGGCUACACUGUGCGUCCCGCUGACGAAAACCUCAAUUUUUUUUGGUUUUUUGUAACUCUCCUGCUUUCAUCUAUAUAUUUCAGAUUCAUUUGGUGGCCGCACGUCCACCUCUGGAAACAUUCAGCUGCACCUUUACGCACUCUCGCUGUGCGUUCACCGUCAUCCGGGACUAGAUUCGUUCGAUCUCUUUUUGAACGAAUAACGGGUCUCUUUUUGUGUCAAGACAGUUGAAUGGAUUUUAAGGCACACUUUACUGAAACUAGGGCAUUAGCACAAUACGAGUUUCGUAUAGCUGUUCUUGGGUGAACUUUUUUUUUUAAUCUGAGAUUUGAAGACGUCAGAGAGAGAGAAGAUGAACCUGUGUAUCGUCAGCCUUCUCCUCACUUUGGAUUUAGCCACCGUGGCGCUCAGUUUGUCCACAUGCAGCACGCUGGACAUUGAUCAGUUCAAGAAGAAGCGCAUCGAGGCCAUCCGAGGGCAGAUCCUGAGCAAACUGAAGCUCGCCAGUCCCCCGGAGGACUUCCCCGAGCCCGAGGAGGUGUCUCGAGACAUUGUCGCCAUUUACAACAGCACCCGCGACCUACUGCAGGAGAAGGCGAACGAACGGGCGGCGACAUGCGAGCGGCAGCGGAGCGAGGAGGAGUAUUACGCCAAAGAGGUGCACAAGAUCGACAUGCAGCCUUUCUACCCGUCAGAGAAUGUUAUAUCUCCUACACACUUCAAUCCUUACUUCAGGCGGCUGACGUUUGAUGUGUCUUCCAUGGAAAAGAACGCCUCCAACCUGGUGAAGGCGGAGCUCAGAAUCUUCCGUCUCCAAAACCAUGGGGCCCGAGUGUCUGAGCAGCGCAUCGAACUCUACCAGAUUUUAGGACACAGAGACCCGACGUCCCCAACACAGCGAUAUAUAGACAGCAAAGUGGUACAAAUGCGAACAGAGGGAGAGUGGCUGUCCUUUGAUGUGACAGAGGCAGUGAGUGAAUGGCUGAACCACAGAGACAGAAACAGUGGAUUCAAGAUCAGCCUGCACUGCCCGUGCUGCACGUUUGUACCAUCAAAUAACUACAUUAUUCCCAACAAGAGUGAGGAGCUGGAGGCACGGUUUGCAGGUAUUGAUGACAGCUUCGUCCAUGGUGUUGACCUGAAGGCGUUUAAGAAUCGGCGACACAGCACUCAGGCUCCACACCUACUUCUCAUGCUGCUGCCUUCAUACCGGCUGGAGUCCCAGUCCCAGCACACAAACCAACGAUCCAAGAGAGCGCUGGACACAGCCUACUGCUCCAAGAACGUUCAGGACAACUGCUGCUUACGGUCACUCUACAUUGAUUUUAAGAAGGACCUGGGCUGGAGGUGGAUCCACGAGCCCAAGGGCUAUGAGGCCAACUUCUGUGCCGGGGCCUGUCCAUAUCUAUGGAGCGCCGACACCCAGCAUUCCAAGGUGUUAGGCCUGUACAACACCAUUAACCCUGAAGCAUCUGCAUCGCCCUGCUGCGUCUCUCAGGACUUGGAGCCCCUCACCAUCCUCUACUACAUUGGAAAGACCCCAAAAAUAGAGCAGCUCUCCAACAUGAAGGUCAAGUCCUGCAAGUGCAGCUAAAAGCGCUUACAAACCAGCACAAACACACUCUCCUUCCUUCACACAAACAUAGACACACACACACACACACAAAACACACACACACACACACACACACACACACACACACACACAACUGUAUUUUCUCUUACAUUACAUUAUACUCACAGCAGUGUUUUCACACCGGCACUUUGGGGUGGUGUGCUGGAGAAUGGAGGUACAGAUUCAAUGCAUACACAACAUAUAGAACAGUGUCGUCAUGAUACCAGAAAGUUGACUUUGAUACCAAUGCUGAGUACCAUAGUUACAGUGUUGCAUUACAUAGGUUGACACUGCCUAAUCAUAAGCAGACUGGGGCUUCUGUACAGAGAAUGUCAUGGAGAACAUAAGAGUCUUUAGUUUGUUGUGUAAUAUGUUGCUUUCCAAGCAUUAGGAGCUGUUGACUGUCCAACAUGCAGCUUUUUUUCACCUAUUCAACCUUCCCCAAGAGGAGUGCCAGUGUAUUUAUUUGGUGCUACACAAGUCUGAAUGACAUUGUUAUUAUGUAGCCAAGCAAACCAAGACAGCAAGACAUAAGAAUGCCCUCACAUUUAAUAGCUUUAUGUGCAGCUGAAAACCAGCAGUAGAGGGUUUGAGAUUUUCAUCACUGCUGUCUUUAAGUGAAAUAUUUAGAUAUUUUGCUCCUGGCAACAGUUUAUAAACCAUAUUAAAGGGGUGGUUCAGAAUUUUAGACAUAGGACCUCAUUUCCAAGUCAGCCAGUGUGUUAUUUAUCAGUGGAGACCGUUUAACACUUUUCAUCCAGUCCUUCCAGUUGCAGAGUUCGCUGGUGCUAGGCUAGCACAAGUCAACGGCAUAUGCUAGCCUGCCAUUAAAAGCAGUCUUACACACUCCACAGUACACCCGAGGCAAAUAAAUUAUAACACCAGGCAAUCGAUGUAAAUGUCUGUUGAUAGAAUAAUGUUAGAAUUAAAACUACCCUUGCAUCGCAUUGCAAUAGUUAUACUUUGUUCCCUGUAGUUGGUAGCAUAGGCUACAGCAGCGGCGGAGUGAUAUUACCUAGGCUACCUAGAAAGCCGGUUUACAUGACUUGACAAUCACGCAAGUUUAUUUACUUGCCGCUGUGAGCUCCAAUAAUUUCACUCUGCCAGGCUACAUAACAUAACUGGUACAUGAAAGCACACGGGCUAGCAAUUUGCAUGUAAACUGUCCGAGCUCUCAUGACGUUUCUGUCAGCAAUUGACCGUUCGCAAAAGCCACGCCCCCUAGUUAUUGUUACUACGCCCAUCAAACAAUGGAGAACCAGACACAUCGCCAUGGCUGUGUUAUCUCCAUACCUGUUGGUAUAACUGAUUGGUUUUGGAGUAAUGCAGCAGACAUAUCCUCCAGGGCACGACAGAAAGAGCUGCAAUAUGAAGUGGAGGGAUAUGUUCAAUGACGUCAACCUCUCGCUAAAUUAUCUGUGUCGAUAGCAACAUGUGCUUGACAGGCUAACAGCUAUCAGGCUUGCCUGAAUUUCCUACGGAAUAAUAAAGUAUCUAAUGUUCUAACUUUACUACUUUCGAUAAUAAUGCUAUAUAGAACCACAACUGCUAAGUCCCGUUUUACAGAUUGUAACUGUUAUGUACUUAGCUACUUAAACUACUUAUUGAUAAUUGCAACCCGGUCUCACGGAAGUUCUUGUAAAUGUCCACGUUAUUCUUAAUCUAUUGAUACGUGUUCACGGAGAC